GGUUACUCAUGAGUCGUGCCUGCCUGGACUCGAAGCUUUUCUGUCAAAUCAGUGAAUCGGCACAACUCUACUCAGCUGUCAGUGUAGUGUUUUGUUUCUCCGUCACUUCAGUUCAUUUUCACGACUGAUCUGAUCAAACUGACUAGAACACAACUCGAUCCAAUCGAUCAAAGGGAAAACGAUCUCAUUUGAGUCGAAGGUCAAGACCUCAUUGCCAUUUCUAGUCUACGGCUAACGAUUAACAGUGUGUCUAUGACUGGGUGACGCCCACCCGUGGUUUAGGAUGUGGGUCAAGCCGAGCGAGGUGUUGGUGAGCGGGCCGUUAUGGACCAUCGAACGGGCGAAUCCGCAUUUCCUGCUCCAACGACGCAAAGGGCGCGGCACCAAGGGCCUCUCGUCGCUUUUGGUGGGCACUUGGGACACGGUGCUCAACACCAAACCACCCACUUAUCGAAUCUUGCACCAGAGUGAAGAUUCCGAGGUGUAUCUACUCGUAUCCGAGGCCAUGGAAUCCCGCGAGGCUCUUAAAGAUUGGCAAUGGUUGGAGAAGGAGCUGCUGCCGACCUUGACAGAUAUCAGUACCGAGGAGGCUUCGGAUUUUGUCCGUGCCAAAAUCGAAAGCCUCUUGGCCAUUGACAAGGCCGAACAUGCAUAUACCUCUGUCGAAGACGCCGAGUCGAUUCCUUAUCGGGAGGCCAGUGAGAAAUUCCGCAGGCUUUUCAAUGUGAGCGAGGAUGAUAAAUUGGUGAGCUACUAUUCAGCCUCUUAUUGGAAGGGCAAGUUUCCCCGACAGGGUUGGGCCUAUCUUACGGUCAACAAUUUGGCGUUCUACUCGUACAUCCUGGGUCAAGAGAUCAAAUUGUUACUCCGAUGGACCGAUGUGACCCAGAUCAACAAAAGUCACACCAUUUUGGCGCCCGAGUCGGUGGAAAUCACCACCCGGGAUCAGGUGUAUUACUUUUCGUUCUUCUUGUCAAGCGUAGAAGCGUUCGCUCUAAUACAACAAUUGGCUAAUCUCGGGAUGCGGAAACUUAUCAACGAUGACACCUAUCAGCACGAUCUAGAGCUCCUAUUGAAGCGCAGUAAAAAUGUGCCCAAGAAGGCCUCAUUUCUCAAGCGAGAUUUGGACGCCCGAAAAAUGUCCGAGAAGUUUCGUAUGUUGUUCCAAGUGCCAAACACGGAGAAACUGGACGGGCAGGUCGAGUGCUACAUUUGGACCCCCUUCAACCAGAAGUAUCGCUUUGGGCGGUUGUACAUCAGUCAGAAUUUCAUUUGCUUUCAAUCCCAUGUGGCCAAUCUAGCAAGUCUAAUCAUCCCCCUGAGGGACGUGACGUGCGUGGAGAAAACUGAUUCCCAACCUAAUGGAAAUACAGUGGACGAGGCCAUCUCCAUCGCCAUGAAAACUACGAAAAAGCCUUUUAUUUUCGCUCAGAUCCCUGAUCGUAAUUUCGUGGUUGAAAAGCUAUCGGAUCUCCUCUCCAAACUUGAGGAUCCCAGCGAAAAUGUUCUGACCAAAAGCGGAUCUGGAAGUGGGAGUGGAGUCGGCAGUGAUUAUGUGACCAAUGUUUCACUCCCUACAACUUGCUCGUCUUCGGGCAGUUUCGAAAACAUGGAACCUUGCGAACCGCUAAUGAACAUUUUCAAGGAGGAUCAUCAUCUGGACCAAUCAUUGGAGGCCACCAAGGAAAUAUUGUGGGAGAAGCAUUUCAGCGAAUUUGGACGAGGAGUGUCCAUGUUUAGAACUGUGGAAUGUACAAAUCUGAUACUUAAAGGCAUUCCUGAUCGAUUCCGCUGUGAGUUGUGGAUGAACUCAUCUGGUGCCGUCCAUGAAAAGUUGUCCCAUCCAGGUUAUUACAAUCUAAUGGUCGAACAAUCCCAGGGGUUAAAAACGGUGGCCAAUGACGAGAUCGAACGAGAUCUUCACCGUUCCCUCCCCGAGCAUCCCGCUUUCCAGGGGGACAUUGGGAUCAACGCCCUCCGAAGAAUCUUGAGUGCUUAUGCUCAUCGUAAUCCUCAAAUUGGUUACUGUCAAGCCAUGAAUAUCGUGGCCUCCGUGCUGUUGAUUUAUUGCUCGGAGGAGGAUGCAUUUUGGCUCCUGGUGGCCAUUUGUGAGCGUUUCCUACCCGAUUACUACAACACAAAAGUGGUUGGAGCCUUGAUUGAUCAAGGGGUACUCGAUGAGCUUCUCAAGGACGAGAUCCCUGAUCUGAGCUCCCGGCUUGAAGAGCUGGGCAUGAUCAAGUCCAUUUCCCUCUCGUGGUUCCUGACAAUCUUUCUGAGUGUGAUGCCAUAUCAAACCGCCGUUCACGUUAUGGAUGCAUUUUUCUACGAUGGAGCCAGAGUUCUUUUUACAAUGGCCUUGAUCAUCUUGGCGAGGAACGAGAGCUUCCUAUUGAAGUGCUUGGAUGACGGCGAGGCCAUGACCAAGCUAACCGAGUUCUUCAAGUCGAUUCUCCGUGAUGAUCCUGAUUAUCACCAAUCGCCGUCAAAAGUCGAUCGUCAGCCAACGAUUUCCUUGCUUUUAAAUGAAUCAUACCACACAUUUGAGCACAUCACUCGGGAAUCUAUUGAAAAACUCCGACUCCAGCAUCGGUUGAGAGUGGUUCAAAACUUGGAAGACACGCAAAUGAAACAUGUUCUUCGAAGUGUUGAUCAAUCCCAAACCAAAAUCACGGACGAUGAGAUCCAGGCACUCUUCGUCAUGGUUAAAAACGGACAAUUGGAAAGAACCAGCGCUAUGUUCGUUGACCCACAGGAAAAAGCCGAUCCCAACCGACAUUACUACGAGUUGUACAAAAUUGAUUUGGAUACUUUCAAAAAUGUAUUUCAAUAUGUUAGUCCUUGGGGAGAGGGGCCUGAAAUGGGUCAAGUUCUGGCCGAAAGACUCUUCCGACUCAUGGAUACGAAUGACGACAACUUGUUGAACUUCAAGGAGUUUGUCUACAUCUUGGACAUGGUUUGCAAAGGAGAUCACAUCAAAAAGCUGAAACUCCUCUUUUGUCUUCAUUUGCCUGGAGUGGUUCUUCCGGGUGAGCUAGAGAGCCCGGAUUCUGUAGAUGGAGCAGAAAUGGCGUGUGAUGCCAGUGAUUUCUUUAUCGGGAAAGAUGAUCCUUCGAGGGAAAAGAAAGUGUCAGCCGCGUCUCUUGAUCAUGAUGAUUUGGACUUUGCGGAUAUUCCUGCCGAUGAACCCGAGACGAGGGCAAAAGAGAGUGACUUGAAAGAGCUGAACAAGAUCCUUUUCGGCUCGGAGUCUAAAACCGACUUGAAGAAGUUUCCGCCUUUGCCGCAAAAGAAUUUUAUUCAUUUAUGGAAGACCCUCCACGAUAUGUUCUUGCAACCCAGUUCGAAUCCGGCCAUGGUGGACUUUGACAUUGAGAAUCUGUAUCAUUCCGUGUCCAUAGUAGGAACUUUGUUGCUCCAAAUUGGCGAGGUGGGACAAAAAGUUCAAAGCUCUUCCAAGGCCCAAGAGGAAUUUGGGAGCUCCCUUCCCAAAUUGCCCAAUCUGCCCCCUGAGCCUAUCGAGAACUGGUCCAUCAGUUUUGAACAAUUUCUGGCCUGCGUGCUAAAUGAAGCCGUCCUUGUGGAAUAUUUCGAUCGGAAGAUUCCCAUCCAAAUGGGUUUGGCCAAGAUGAACUCCACCCGAUUGAUGAGACAAGACAGUAUUUCCCUCACUAAUCGAUCUGUUUUCUAUGUGUGAUAGAUAUGUCUCUUGAUUUUGAUUGAUUUCUUUUGCGUCACGAAAUGAAGUUUAUUAGUAUCAA